AUGUCCAAGUCUAAAGUUUUUCUAAUCAGUCUUUUACUCUUAGUUUUCAUAAUCAUUGUUCAAACCUGCGUUGUACCAGUUAAUGUUAAGUGUGGUGGCGGUGGAGGUGGAGGAUGUGGUUGUAGUGGUUGCGGCUGCGGUGGUUGUUGCUGCUGUGGAGGCUGUGGUGGCUGUGGCGGCUGCGGCGGUAGUGGGUAUGGAGGCAACGGAUUUGGCUGCGGUGGUUGUGGGGGAUGUGGUGGUUGCGGUGGACAUACGUUAUGUGGUAGCAUUAAAGGAUGUAUUUGUUAA